AUGACGCCGGGUCCGCCCGCGCCGGCCCGCGCCCGCGCGCGCCGCACUGCCGGCCGCUGCUGCUGCUGUGCGCCGCCCUCGUCCUCUGCCUGGGUGAGUGCCAGUGGCGGGGCGGCGCCGGCCCACCGCCAGCCCGCCGCCGCCACCGCCGCCCGCCUGCGCCCGCGCUCCUUGCGCCCGCGCAUCUGGAGCGGCACGGGCCGGGCGCAGGGCUGCCGUUUCGACGAAUCAGGCCGCGUCUGCACCUUCGCCAUCCCCCUCGACCCCCCCAAGGGGGCGCUGCGCACUCGAGUACGCUUCGUGAAGACACUGUCGGAUGUCCUCACAGUUAUGCGCCAGCUUCUGUUAUCUCAGGGGCGGAAAGUGCUCGACAACGACUGA